GUGACCUUAUGUUUGCGAAAUGCAGCCGACUCGAACGCAGGCGUUAGAAAAAGCAAAGCAGAGCCAAACAAAUCGGCUGAUGCAGCACGGAUGAGAGGGGAUGUACGCCGAUUCCUGUGUACGUAUGUAAGUAGUAAGUGUGCUGUGCGAGCUGAGAAAAAUGACGGAAUGACGGGCAGCCGUUCGCUGAGCCUCGAUCAGAUGGCGGAGCAUCAGCGGGAGACCGGACUCUCGUGCGCCCAGUUGGAGCAGCUCUAUAGCCGUUUUCAAUCAUUGGACCGCCAGCGUCGUGGCUAUCUGACGCCAACCGAUCUGCUGCGCAUACCGCAGCUUGUCCAGCAUCCACUGCACCGCCAGAUCGUGGACAGCUUCUUCCCCCGCCGCUGCGGGACCGCAACUAUGUCCUUCCACCAAUUUGUGGGGGCUUGCGCCACCGUCCUGGUGCCGCAGUUCAUAUUCACCGAGACUAUGGAGUUGUAUGGGCCACCGCCCCAUGGACGAGCCGACAAGGUGCGUCUGCUGUGUAAAAUGAUCGAUACAGAGAACCAAGGCUACAUAUUGACCAAGGACUUUCGUCAAUUCUUGGGCACCUUGCUCGAGCAGCACGGCGCCCAUCCGGCCGAGAUGCCUCUGUUGGAGCUACUGGCAUUCGGACUCAACCAAUCGACACCCGCCCAGCUCAAAUACCAUGAUUUCGAGUUCCGUCUCAGUGCCGCCGAUCUAGAGGGUCGUCUCUCCAUCAGCAAGUGGCUCGCUAAGGGCGAGAACGAGGCCCCCAAGGCCAGCAAGGCCAAAACCGGGACUGACUCCGUGGAGCCUGGCGUGCAGGCGAGGCACAACAAAUAAAUCACCCGCAGAAUCGUUCGUUUCCGCCUUAUUGGUGUUUUCUGUACAGUUUGUGGCGGAUACGUAAUAUCUAUAUAUAUUUUUAGUAGCAUUCUUUUAAGGCUUCUUUGUGCACAAAACACUAUAUGUAGCA